UUGUUUUUUAUUUUUUAAUAUUUUUUAAAUCAAAUAUCAAACAAUGAUGUUACCAUAUAAUCCAUGUCAGUGUGAGGAACAUAAGAAGUCCAAUAAAAUCUUAACGCCUCUAAUAUUACAAUGUUGGCAACGUGAUAAUUUCAGACGUCCAUAUAACCAUUUAUAUUUAUCGAGAAGAUUUUUUGAAGAAAAACUCAAACGAAAAUUUAAUUUAGAUGAUUACAGAAAAAUUAUUAAUUAUUUUUUCGAAAUACUCUUCAAUAAUGAACCAAAAAAUAUAACAAUAAAAAUUUUAAGAUUAAAUGGAACUCCAAUUACACAAACUGUAGCUCAUUUAUUAAGAAAUUAUUUAAUUCAUAAUGAAUUUAUUGAGUUUUUAGAUAUUGGAAAUUGUAAUUUAAAUGAAAAUAAUUUUUAUAUUAUUGCUGAUGGUGUAUAUAAUUCAAAAUCCCUUAAAGCAUUCAAUAUGAAUCGUUUAAUAUUAAAUAAUGUGUGUGAUACAAUAGAUACUGAAAGAAUUGCUUUAAUUAUAUCACAAUUAAUAUGGAAAAAUCAAUUAAUUGAAUUACAUCUUAGAAAUCUUCAAUUAAAUUCAUAUGAUAUAAAAUCAAUUGCUGAAUAUAUUGAAAAACAAAAUUCUAUUUUAUUAUAUUUAGAUUUAGGAUCAAAUUCUUUAACACAAGAUGGUAUUGAAAUUCUUUUCAAAGCUAUUGUAUUAUCAAAUACUCUGAUCGGAUUAGAUAUUAGUCAUAAUUCUAUUGGAAGAAAUGGUGGAGAAAUAAUUGCAUUUUCUUUACCAAGUACAAAAAUUAAAUAUUUAAAUAUAUCAUAUAAUGGAAUUGAUGCAAUUGGAAUGCAUUUAUUACUAUCGGUAGUGAAAAAAACAAUUCCCUUAAAAAUUUUAAAUAUAUUUGGUAAUGAAUUUAAUUCAAGUACAGUUUAUACUUUAAAAAGGCAAAUUGAAGCAAAAACUUUAAUAGCAGAAAAUUUGGAUGUUGAUGUUGUAUUUGAUCGUGAUAAAAAUGAAUUUUAUUUAACACCUAAAAUUGUUGUUCCUGAAAUAAUUGGAAAAUAUCUUAAUAAAUAUAACCAACUCAAGCACAAUAUUUGA